AGGCGAGUGAGAAAACUCGACCGUCACUCCUUUUGUCGUGAUCCAAGCAGGAACCAAGCAACACUCGUUCUCUCUGAUCUCUUCGAACUAGUUCCAUUGUCACCGUUUCCCGCGACACACGUCCUAUCGUUGAUAUAUCAGCCUCUACUCCCUUCCGGAUAAAAGUAUCUUCUUAUUGAUAACAUCAUAAUAGCACACAAUCACAGUUUAUUACGAGCAACCUAUUACAGACGCGCACAGUUAUCUUAUCGCGAAUAGAAUAGAAUAUCUUUCGAUCGAAAAGAUUUCUGAUCAUCAGUUUAGAUCUGAUUUAGAUUCGCUCGAUCACGAUCCUCUCAGUAUCCUCUCUGUUUCUCACUGGCUUAACCCUACCUUGCGCCUAAUGUGUCACGGCUAAACUUAGUUUUGCACGAAAAUUCGCCGGUCCAUUCUGCCUAACCGCCGCCUCCACCUCCUCCACCACGAGGCAGCGAGGUCGCAGCGGCCGCCUCGAUCAUCACCGCGAUCGUGUAUAUCGUUAUAGUCUAUCGCCGAUAUCGAGGAACGAUUUAACGCAACGCUAAACGAGAACUCGCCGAGCGGACCAUAACAAUUGAAUCGUUUGACCCGUUUUAAUUGGCAAGUUACACCGCUGCGAAUGGGAUACUCGCCAGUAAACCGAGCUCUGACUAGUUCACAGUGUCGUGGAUCCUAUCAGAGAGGAAUCAUCGAGUGCGUUCGUUAGUUUACGCGAUAUUCGCGCGAACUAAUUUGCGGAGACCAGUUUUUUCGACUCGAGGAUAAAAAAAAAAAAAUAAAGAACCAGAAGAGGAUCGAAAUAAUAAUAAGUUCUCGAAACUUUGUUCAUCGGAAUCGCUGAUUUUGAGCGUGUAAUCGGUCACUUCGUUCGACGGUUAGGUCGAUUCUUCUUUUUGUCUCCUUCUUAUCUGGUAGUACGCACAUAGUACAUUCGAGAAAAUGAUGACGAACAAUGGAAGCAACGGGAAAAUUUCAACCAUAAGCGUGAGGACCGAGAAUAUGGAUGAAACGGCGGACAUCGAUAAAGCGAUCAUGGCAACAGGCUUCGGCAAGUUUAACGUGUUGCUGUUCCUUGCUGCGUUGCCGGUUGCGUGGACUGGCAUCUUCGACACCACCACGACAGCUUUCAUGAUUGCUUCCGCCGAAUGCGAUCUCCGGCUCACUUACUUUCGCAAAGGUGUUCUCGCCGCCUUUCCGUUCUUAGGGAUGGCAUUGACCAGCUUCCUGUGGGAUUAUCUAACACCGUACAUCGGCACGCGAAACUUAUUCGUCCUCGGUCUCCUGGUGGACUCUGUCCUAAACAUACUUGCCACCGCAAUCAAUUCCUACUACGCGUUUCUGGCCAUCAAAUUUUUCAACGGUGUUCUCGCGGGAGGCCCGUUCUCGAUGGUGACGGGAUAUCUAUCUGAAUUUCACUCGGCAAAGUACAAGGCCAAUUUUACCAGAUGGGGAGGUCUCGCGGUAAACGCGGCCAUUAUAGUCCCGGCAAUAAUCGCCUUUCUGAUCUCUCCUUUGUCGUUGAACGUCAAUGUGUUCAACAAACGGUACACCACUUGGCAGAUUUACCUGUUGAUCUGUUCGAUCGUUCCGGUUUUGGGCCUCAUUACGGCUAGCACAUUGCCCCAAAGUCCGAGAUAUCUUGUGAAUAUUGGUAAAACCGAUGAAGCUUUGAAGUUACUCAGGACAAUGUACUCCAUGAAUAAAAAGAAGCCUGCCAACACGUUUCCGAUUAAAGCAUUGCUCGUAUGGGAGAACACACCGCUAUCUCGUCACUCCUUGUUCAAAGCGAAUUCCGAAAAAAUACGGCUCGCCUAUUACAACACUAAACUUUUAUUCACCUCCCCGUAUUUGCGCGCCGUUACUUUCCUCAAUUUUCUUCAAUUCGGUAGCAUGUUGGGAUUCAACACUAUGAGACUCUGGGUACCGCAUCUAUUCAUCAUCCUGAAUAAUUUCGAUGACGAGAGAUGGACCAAAGAUAGAGCGCCGACUAUGCGCGAAAUGUUAGAUCGUCGUAUGUCGGUGCCGGCCAAGAACUAUUUAAAUUGCCCAGAUUUCGAUAGCAUCUGCUUAACGUGGAAAAUCAAUGCUGUGAUAUAUCAAAAUUCCGCCAUUAUUGCAUUGUCGGCUGUUACAUUCUCGUUUCUCGUUGGAACUAUAACCACUUCGAAAUUUAGAAAGAAAGCAAUCAUGCUUAUCGCUUUCCUUAUAUCUGUGAUAAGCAGUUUCGGAAUGAAUUGGGCGCAAUCUCCUCCUUAUAUGCUGACAUUUGCAGCCGCCAUUAUCGUAACGACAAGAAUAACGGGUAACAUCGUUACUGCUCUUAACAUCGACAUUAUUCCUAUUCCAUUAAGGUCUACCAGUUUAAGCAUGCUAGUUGCCGUUGGAAAUAUAGCAGCUGUUUUAGGAAAUUUUAUAUUCUCCGCGCUAUUAGAAGUGGAGUGUUUAAUCGGUUUCAUGGGAAUAGGUUGCCUGUUAUUCGCUUGCUUUUGCUUGUCUUUCUUUCAUCCAAGACCGGUUAGACCGUUAUAGAAAAGUCACAUUGUAUCCAAUCCGUAAUGCAUUAACGAAACGAAACGAAAGGAAAGGAAACAACGCACACUCUUCACCAAGUUCUCCAAGUUCGAUACUGUGAGAAGAUAGCCAUAUUGUGUGCAACUGUGAUAUCUUUGCAAUCCGUUUCGAAGUUCUAUUCGGAGCCUAGAUAGAUCGUAUUUUUCCAUCCACGUUCCUCGUAUCAUACAAAUCGAAUGAUUUUAAUUUGUUUAUAUUAUGUAAAUAUAGAGUUACUAAGAAAUAUAGUAUUUUUCUAAUUAACUGUA